GGUGCAAACCCGGGUUACCUUCACUAAUCGGAGUGGUGCCCAGAUGUGUGUGUGGCAAAUCAGCCUGCCAGCCCGAUUCUUACGGAGCAGGGCAGAAAAAUACCGGACCGAGCCAGCAAACGAGCUGGCUGUCCCUGGGGUGCAGCCCCCGGCCGGGCUGCCUGUCCCCCUCAGCACCGGCUCGGGCAGCGAGAAAUCGCUUUUAUCCUUUUCCUUUAAACUCUGCUCGCUGGCACUGGGUCUUUCCCUUGCUGGGGGAGUGGGAAGGGCUGUGCCCUGGGAGAUGCAGCGAUCCGAAGAGAAGGGAGAGAGUUUGUGCGGUGCUAUCGGAGGCAGCAGGCGAGGCGGUCACGUCGGGAGCAGCGGCUCGGCGGCUCCGCUCGGCCAGCCCUCGAGCCGCUGAGCGCGGCGGGGCCGAGGCGCGCUCCGCCCGCCGCCGCUCCCCGCCGGCACCGCGGGCGCCUCGGCUGCGCGCUCCGCUCCGGCCGGGCUCCGCCGCUCCCCGCGGCCGCGGCCGGGCCCGCCGCAGGGCCGCCCGGCGCCCACCCGGCCUCAGGCCGCGGCGGGGCCGCCGGCCGCCGUCAUGCCAGCCGCCGCCGCUCCGCUCCCGCCGCCCGUGCUCCAACUCGGCGGCUGAGCCCUUCCGCGACACGCAGGAUUUCCCCACCACCCCCACGGGCAGCAUGGAAAGCGUGCGCGAGCUCCAGAACCCGCUCUUGGCCAAAUCCAAUGGGCACCUUCGCAGCAGCUAUUCUUACCACCAGCACCACAGCCAGGACUACCCCAGCCACCGCUGCCAAGGGAAACUGUAUUCCUACAUAUUCCAAAACACUGGUGGUGCCAGGACUCACCAGCUGCUGGAUGCCAGUUCCCUGCAGCUGGCUGUCGAAGCUUUGUAUGGCCCCAGUUUCAUCCUUGUGAAGGAUGAGACUGCUCUCAAGGCCAAGGACAGCAAGAUGGAAAGCUGCGAGACCACUUUCACAGAAAGCAAAGAGUCUUCAUCUGAAGCUCCUGAAGGGCAAGAGGCACAAGGGUCCUGCCUGGUAGAGAGUGACAUCCGUAUCCAAACUGUUUCCUAUGAGGUGGAGGAAGAGGAGCUCCAGGAGUAUGAGAGCGACUCCUCCAGCGACAGCGAAAGCGAGGAUCAUUUCCUGAUGCUUCCCCCCCGGGACCACUUGGGCUUGGCCCUUUUCUCCAUGCUGUGCUGCUUCUGGCCCCUGGGGAUUGCUGCCUUCUACUUCUCCCAAGGGACCAGCAAGGCUGUCUCCAAAGGAGAUUUUCACCUGGCCAGUUCAGCUUCCCGCCGAGCUCUCUUCCUCGCCGCGCUCUCCAUAACCAUUGGCACAGGAGUGUACAUCGGCGUGGUGGUAGCACUGAUUGCUUAUCUCUCGAAAGGCGGCCACGUGUAGCUGCCACCUGCAUGUCACUGCCAUCCCUGGCUGCUGACCCUUCUGGGACUGAGCUUUCCUGCGGAGCACAGAGCACCAGUGCCUGCGAGGGCUGCUUGCACUGCAGGGCCCCAGCGUGGAUGUCCUGUGCAGGUUUCUUCCUCUUUCACACAAACAGUAGACCCCUGUUCUCCCUGAAGCUGUGCUGUGUGACCAUCUAUCAACAGGGAAUUGAGCACCAGCCUGGCUGCUGGGACAAGGAGGAGCACAUUUGCCUGGUGGAAGAUGUGCAGGAGAGAAACCACACGCUGCUGCUGGGCUGGUGCAGCCACCCCAGUCUGGGCUACGGCUUCCCUUCUCAGCCCCGCAGCUGGGAGAUCCAUCACUUGCCCAGGCUUGGCCCAUGGAGGGUGCACACAGGAAGAAGAGGGGGUAUGGUGCCAGGGAAUGACUUCUGCUUCUUCUGGGAGGCCAGAGUCCUGGUGGGGUCUCCAGACAACAUUGUGAUGGGGACAACAUUGUCACUUCAGUGCCGUGGGGUGGCCUGACCCCUCAGCUGCAGUGAAGUAGGAGGACAGAGCACGGACAAGACCAACAGACAUGCUCUCUGCAUCCCUCUGCAGACAGACCCCUGAUUCACAGGAGAGCAUCCCAGUUCCUGGUCUAUCCCAAAUCAGAAACAAGGAGGAAGGCAGGCUGGUGGUUGAACACCAUCUCUCCCUUUGUUGGCACAAGCUGGCAGAGACAGCAAGGUUUUCUCUGUGUUAAUAGUGACUGCCAUGAUGACCCCAAGUCAGGGCCCACAUAAGGUUGCUGUCCCAGAGUGCUGGGCCCUUUAAAAGUUUUGUAAUGGAAAUCUCUACCUAAGAAGUGUCCUGGGAGGGGUGCUGGCCUUGAAGGGUUCCACUCCUUGUGCUAGGUCAGGGCCCUGCACACAAAGAGGAAUGAAAGAAAAGGCUGACAAAGCCUGAGGAAUCUGGGGUGGGAGUUCUGCUUGUGAGGGGACGAGAUCCAGAGAAGGAAGAGAUGUGGAAGGAGCCUGAGACACAGGGUGACCUCAACACACUCCUUCCCAUGCCUUGGAGAGAGGUACCUCCAUCCAUCCAAAAGCCUCUGGUAACAAGGAAAUACCAAGCACCCUCACCCCCCACCCCGCCCCAUACAUCUUACUUUUGCUUAUUUGUAUAUUGUCAGCAACACAUCAAAUGCUUCAGAAGUGGGCAUGAAGGCAAUGGUUGCCCCAGAGGGCUGGCAUUAAGAAGCCAUGCUCGCCUCCCACUCUCCAGCAUCUGCCUUUGACCAUCCCUCCUCUCUCUGGCUCUCCUGUUGCCUCUUGUCCCCAUGUGCAGGAGACUGCAGGCAGACUCUGGGCAUCCCUCACCCCCUUCCCAGAGUUUCUGGGCAGGCUGCAGCCAGCUUUGCAAGAGAGGCAGCAUGUUCCUCCAGCUGGGUGCCAUUCAAAUGUACAUUUCAUCCUAAAGAAGCAUGUUAAUGUCUGCGAUUGCCAUUGUACUUGAGCCAUAAAAGAGAGAAGUGCAUCAGAGACCUGUACAGAAGCUGGUCUGAAAGUUCCCAUUAUGUUUUUUAACAUGGAAGAACUAAUAAAAAAAGCAGGAGAAAAUA